AUGUCUGUUAAAGAGGAAAUCAAGCAGCUUCUAAACGAAGCGGCCAAGUUUUAUGCCGCCAAAGACUAUGAAAUAUCGACAAACUUGUACUCGGAGGCUAACGCUAUUUAUGACGCAUCAACUGGUAGCAGUAAUGCAGAUUAUUUGUAUUUGUACGGAAAAUCUCUAUACAUGCUGGCGUUGAGCCAUUCAGACGUUUUCGGCGGCGACGAUGAACAAGAAGAACAGGAAGUUGAAGGCGAUGAGGAAGAAGAGUCAAAAAAGAAGCAACUCUACCAGUUCAGCGACACGUUAGCCGAGGAAGAAGAGGACGAGGAGCAGGAAACAGUAAAUAAAGGCCCCUCCCAGGAAGAGGACAAUUCUCAGCAAGAAGAAGCCCAAAUCGAACCUCAGGAUGAAGAGACGCCAACAUCCGACUUUGAAAAUGCAUGGGAAAUCUUGGAGCUUGCUCGUUCACACUACGAAAAUAUGCCACAAGACUCUGAGACUCUACAAAAACUCUCUGAGACCUAUGAUAUUCUGGGGGAGAUUUCCCUCGAAACCGAAAACUUCCCACAAGCCAAACAAGAUUUCGCCAAAUGUCUCGAACUCCGACUCAAGGCUUACAACGAUCAAGAUUCGGCACACAGACUCAUUAUUGAGUCUCACUACAAGCUUUCUCUGGCGCUAGAGUUUGACCCGUCCGAAGGUGCUGAAUGUCAGAAAGAGCUAGAAAGAGCCAUUGAGCUCUUGGAGACUCGCAUCAAAGAUCAGAAAGCUGAGAAGGGCGAUGAGGGAUUGCUUGAAGAGCUCAAAGUGAAGCUCAAAGAACUCAAAGUGACGGAAGAAUCUUUCGAUACUAUUAAACGCGAAAGUGUUGCUCAGGUUAAGCAGGUCCUUGGCGUAGCGCCCGUUAACGACCUCACCUCCAUGGUAAAAAAGCGCAAACCCAAACAAGACCAGACACAACAGACCAAGAAGCAGAAGAAAUAA